CGUUUCGCUUAACGUAAUCACGUAUACGAUGAUGUUUUCGGCCCGCGUACUUUCGCCGUCGUGUCGUUUCCCUUUCCCACUCCGAUAAUCCGAACAUCGCCACUAUUACGGGACACCGCACUUAAACUCCCAUUGAUGAACGCCGCGUCGACACAACGUGCGAACAUUGAGCUGCCGACAGUCGGAACGACAACGCGCCGCGAGGACGGAACACGUUCGAAGAGUCGAGGAAACGGAUAAAAGUCUAACGAGGAAAUACCGCGACCGCAAACGGCAUGUCGGGUGCAUCCGAAAUCCGCGAAUGGUACCGCGGUAGGGCCGUUUUCAUAACCGGUGCCACGGGUUUCAUGGGCAAGGUAUUGGUAGAAAAGCUGUUGCGCUCGUGUCCGGACGUGGGACCGCUCUACGUCCUCGUUCGGGAGAAAAAGGAGGUCCUCUCUAUGGACCGCGUCGAGGAUAUGGUGACGUCCUAUCUGUUCGACGAGUUGCGCGCGGCCGGCGUUAAUCCGAGGGACAGAAUCGUCACGGUCCCCGGGGACGUGGGACUCCCCGACUUGGGAAUAUCGGCGGAGGACAGGCGGGUACUGCGGGAAACGGUUUCCGUGGUGUUUCACGUCGCGGCUACCGUGAGGUUCGACGAACACAUGAGACUGGCGGUAGCCAUGAACCUCGAGGGCACAAGGGCUGUGCUAAAUUUGUGCCAGGGAAUGACCAACCUAGCGGCGGUCGUUCACGUAUCGACCGCCUACGCUAAUUGCAAUCUUUCGACAAUCGAAGAACGCGUCUACCCGCCACCGGCCGAUCCCGAUAAAGUUACGCAGUACGUCAGCGGACUCGACGACGACGCUCUCGAUUUCAUUACUCCCAGACUGAUAUCGGGUCACCCGAACACAUAUACUUUUACAAAAGCUCUGGCCGAGGAUCUGGUAUCGAAAUGGUCGAAAUCGUUGCCAAUAGUGAUAGUUCGUCCUUCCAUCGUGUCGGCAUCCUGGAAGGAACCGCAGCCCGGAUGGGUGGACAAUUUCAACGGACCGACCGCCCUGGUCGUUGGCACGGGAAAAGGACUUUUGAAAACGAUGUACGGACGGGACAACAUAUCGGUCGAUCUGAUACCAGUCGACGUUUGCAUAAACGCGUUCAUAGCUGCAGCUUGGGAGAUGGGGUCGAGAAAGAGUGGUAAAUUAAAAUCGGACGUGUUGGUGUACAAUUGCGUCUCGAGUCCGUUCAAACCGCUCACCUGGAAUGGAUUCAUAAAUUUCAUGUCUCCCUACCUGGUGAAGUACGCUAUGAACGACGCCUUCAUGGCCCCCGAAAUGACCAUGACGACGUCGAGGGUGAAGCACGUGUUGACCAAUUUUGCUUAUCAAGCCGUACCCGCUACCAUAGCGGACUUUUUCAUAUGGUUCUCGGGGGGGCAGCCGAAGUUCAAGCGGUAUCAAUCGAAAUUGAAUCAGAUGGUGGCGAUGCUGGAAUUUUUCACGUCCCACGAGUGGGUGUUCCGCGGCAACAAUCUUCAACAGUUGAAUUCGAAAUUGAGCGCGUCCGAUCGGGAACGGUUCGAUUUCGACAUGACGAAAAUGGACUGGGACAGCUACGCUUCGAGUUAUUACCUCGGUAUCAGGAGAUACGUAAUUAAAGAGAAGGACGCUACGAUACCCGCAGCUCAGAACAGGAUAAAAAAAUUAAGAAUUAUGACCGCGGCUGUGAAGACCGGACUUUUUGCUACCGUCGUUAUUUGGCUAUUGAAAUAUUACGUCGCGGCCAAAUUGUCGAGCCGAGCCAACGCUGGUCAAUUUUAAUGAUAUUUCACGUGCUCGUCUAUUGCAGUAUUUUCAUUGAAAUAAUUAGCAUUGUGCGCGCGCUCCACUUCGUUUUCUUGUUACUUUGACUUGGGACGAUAAUUAUUCUCGCAUAUACUCAUGUACAUAAAUUAUACGUCGUACGAGUAGAGCAAAUAUUAGCUAAGUAAGUAAAUUUUUAUGCCGUAGGUAUACAAUAAUGGUUGUAUGCGGCGGUCCAAAAUCUAAGUACCUAUAAACUUCGUUUCCGUCGAAAUUGAUUGAUCAACUACGAUGCCCUCGGUUAGACGUGCGGUGUUCAUGCGCGAUGCGCGCAUCGCAUUAUUCGUUGUUUACUUUCAAAAUACGCGUUAGUUCGAUAUUACCGAAUCCUGCAUAUAUGACGUUACGUAUACCUAAUGAGCAUACCUACUUUUGUUUACACGUCGCCUGCACUCGCGUUCGUCUUACCGGAGUAGAUAUCUCGUGAUUCUGGUUUUGUCUUGAAAAAGAGCCGGGUCUCAUUCGGUUUCGUUUCGUCUCUUUGCCGCGCUGCAGACUCGAAAAUUCCAACUCCCAAAUAAUGUUUCCGUAUCCUAGCGUACUUCGAGUUUACAUAAGAAUCAAGGAAACUAAGAAUUAGAAAUAUUUUGAAAAAACACAAAACCAACAAGCAAAAUCAGGUAUGCUAAUCAAACUUACCCGCUAAUUCUCAAGUGUUAUUAAUUUAUUAAUUUCUUAAUUUUUAGUGACGUUAUCUAUGAAAAAAAGGUGCGAAAUCCUUACCAUAGAAAUCAUAAGUAUAGUUUUACGAAUGAGUCAUUGUACAUCGGCUAGUUCAAGGCUAAAAGAUCCAAAGAGAUCCUUCAAUUAUCAUUGUAACCAUUUUAGGAAUAAAGUUCGUAGAAAAACUUA